UUUCUUUCGCGCCAUACACGCAUUAUUACAAUCAUUUUUAAACAUCUAACGUCACACUCGAUCGAGCACCUUUAUAUAAAAUGAACCGCUUUGUAAGCGGAAAUUUACACUUACACGGUUCUUACUACAACAUCAACACGUUACAAUGCAGAAAUUAAAGAUUGCCACAUUCGUUACACUUCUUAUUGCAUUUAUCGCUGUAAGAAAUUCUUAUGGUGCUCCUUGGGAAACUCAUCACCACGAUGAAGGUGAUGAUUGUUUAGGUGAGUAUGAUUUUGGAUGGUUUGGAUUUGGUAAUCAUCACGGUAACAAGGAUGGAAAAGAAGGAAAGACUGAUGAAGGUGGAAAGGAAGAUGAUGGUGAGAAAAUGGACGGUGAGAAGAAAAAUGAUGCUGAAAUGAAAAUUGAAAAAGUUGAAGAAAAGAAAGACGCUGGGGAGAAAAAAGAUGAAGAGAAAAAUGAUGGUGGUGCUAAAAGUGAAGGAAGUGAUAAGAAGGUAGAAGAAAAUCAAGUUGAUGGAAAAAAGAAUGAAGAAGGUGCGAAUAAAGAACCUGUUGAAAAUAAUAAUAAUGAGAAGAAAGAUGGGGAUAAACCGAUUAAAUAAAAAUGUUAACUUUCAGUAUUUAUUUAGAGUAUUUUUGUAAAUUUGUAAAUUUUGUACAAUUUUUUUAA